AACAUGGAUCAACUCUUUUCUCUCUGCUCAUUCCCCUACCUCUUCAAGAUCAAGAAACAUGUCUACGUCAGCCUCUUUCUACUUAGCCUUUUCAUAUUCUCGAGCGUCGUCGUCGUCGACGUCUUGCCUUUUCUUCGUCUCGGGUUCUUGUCGUCGUCGUCGUCACAAACCCUGACGAAGGAGUGCGAUUACUCUAAUGGAAGAUGGGUUCGUCGAACAACGUCGUCAUCAUCUGCUAAUGGAUUAUUAUACGGAGAAGAGUGUCGCUUUCUUGAUUCUGGUUUUCGUUGUCGCAAGAAUGGAAGAAAAGAUUCUGGUUACCUCCAGUGGCGAUGGCAACCACACGGCUGCAAUCUUCCACGAUUUAACGCAAGUGACUUUCUGGAGAGGAGUAGGAAUGGGAGGAUUGUGUUCGUCGGAGAUUCCAUCGGAAGAAACCAGUGGGAAUCUCUUAUGUGCAUGCUCUCACAAGCGAUACCUAAUAAAUCUGAAAUCUACGAAGAAAAUGGGAACCCCAUUACCAAACACAAGGGAUUCCUGUCGAUGCGAUUCCCUCGACAAAACCUCACUGUUGAGUAUCACAGAACACCGUUUCUUGUCGUGAUUGGCCGGCCACCGGAUAAAUCGCCGAAAGAGAUCAAAACCACAGUGAGAGUAGACGAAUUCAACUGGCAAUCAAAAAGAUGGGUUGGGGCAGAUGUUCUGGUUUUCAACACAGGGCACUGGUGGAACGAAGAGAAAACUGUGUUGACAGGAUGCUAUUUUGAGGAGGGAAGGAAAGUGAACAAGACAAUGGGAGUAAUGGAGGCAUUUGGGAAGUCUUUGAAGACAUGGAAGUCAUGGGUCUUAAAGAGACUUGAUCCACACAAGAGUCAUGUCUUCUUCAGAAGUUACUCUCCCGUGCACUAUAGAAAUGGGACAUGGAAUUUGGGUGGUCUAUGUGAUGCAGAGAUGGAGCCUGAGACUGAUAAAAGAAAGAUGGAACCUGAUGCGAGCCACAAUGAAUAUAUCUAUAGAGUAAUUGAAGACAUGAGAUAUCGACAUAGUAAGGUUAAAUUUCUGAACAUUUCAUAUCUGACAGAGUUCAGGAAAGAUGGCCAUCCUUCUCGGUAUCGAGAGAAAGGCACUCCUGUUGAUGCUCCUCAAGACUGUAGCCACUGGUGCCUACCCGGUGUACCUGACACAUGGAAUGAGAUCCUCUAUGCACAACUAUUGUCAAUGAACUAUAGAACAAAGUGAAUUUUUGAGGUAUAGGCUGAUUCUU